AUGUCGGCGGCAGAAACUCCAGGAGAAAUCGAGGCUUCGAACGACGGAGGAGGAGGAGGAGGAGGAGGCGCGAUAAAAACGACGACGAGUGCGGGUGGUGGUUUCGAAGCCAAUCACGAGCGAGCGCAUCAUCAUCAUGAGAAAAGCAACGACAACGUCGAGAGUGCAGACGACGAUGACGACGAAGACGACGACGACGACGACGACGAGUCGUCGUACACCGAAGAGACGCCGCGCUCGACGGAUUCUCGUCGCAGUCAUCAUCACCGGAACAACAACAACAACAACAACACGAAUAACAGAAGAACGACCAGCAACAACAACUACCACCAUCAUCAACAACGCUCGCACUCAUCGAACACGAGUAAUAACAGCACGCAACACCACCAGUACAACCACCAACACCAACAAUUUCAACAUCAACAACAACAACAACCGAUAUUCUUCGCGGAAUCGAGGCACGAGUUCGCGGAAGUUACGAGAGACGUUUACGAGAAUCGAGAAUCGGUGAGGCGGAUGAAGAUGAGAGCUUUACGACGCGCGAGGAAAGAAGCGAUGGAGAAUUAUUUGAUGCGGUUGAGCGACGAUACUUCGUCGUCUUUUUUGAAGAAAAAGAAUACUGCUUUUGGGGUUGUUGGCGGGGGCGCCGCUUUCGCGAAAAAUCAGCAGAGACGAAGCGUCGGGCAAGAGAAUCAGCAACAACAACUGCUACGACAACAGGAACAAAUGGCCGCGCAACAGAAAUACGGAGAGAUGUUGUUAAACGGAGAGCGGUCGAAUUACUUGCAAAAGUUAACCAUCGAGGAUGAUUUUAGCUACGACGGCGAGGAGGACGAGUUGGAUUUCGGAGGAGGCGAAGGAGGAAGCGAAGACGAGGGCGGAUUGACGAUGACCUCGACUUCGACGAUUUAUGCGAAUUUUUUGGAAGAUGAUUUUGAAGCGGCGUUGAGGAGUGCGAGGGAACGAAGACAACAGCAACAGCAGCAAGCGGAAACGAGUAGUAGUCGUGAAGCGAUGCCUUCGCUUUUGAAUAGUAGUAGAGAUAACAGUAACGGCGAUCUUAGAACGGCGACGCCGCCGAAUUUAGGUAAUGGGACAAUGUCGACUAAUUAUAACAGUAACAUCGUCUCGACGUGGAGGAUGAAGGAUCGCAUGAAGACGACAUCAGUCGCAUUGGUGCUUUGCUUGAACAUUGGAGUUGAUCCUCCAGACUGUUUGAAAGUAUCGCCGUGCGCGCGAGCGCAGUGUUGGAUCAACCCGUUAGCGACGCCGCCGCAAAAGGCGCUCGACGCCAUCGGGAAAGCUUUGCAAGCGCAAUACGAACGAUGGCAACCUCGGGCGAAAUAUAGAUUGCAGCUCGAUCCAACCGUAGAAGACGUGAAAAAAUUGUGUCUCUCGUGUCGAAGAAGUGCAAAGAACGAGAGAGUUUUGUUCCACUAUAACGGCCACGGCGUCCCUCGCCCGACGCAAAACGGCGAAGUGUGGGUGUUCAAUAAAAAUUACACGCAAUACAUUCCGCUCUCUUUGUACGACGUGCAACAGUGGACGGGAGCGCCGGCAAUUUAUUUAUUCGAUUGUUCGAGCGCAGGUACAAUCGUCAAGUCGUUUUUAUGGAUCAACGAAGAACGAAAACGGCGGCGGAUGGAAGAAGAGAAGAGUAAAAUGCAACAGGAACGACGCUCGGCUUCCGGGGAAAACCUAGCAGCGGUGAGCGAAAACUACGACGGCACCAUGGAUGACUUGACAAACACCAAUAAAGAUAACAACAGCAAUUACGGUCACAACGAAAAGAAUACCAACGACAUCAAUAAUAGAGAAAACAUCGAGACUGAAGGGAGAGUGCGAAGCGCGAAGCCGUCUGGCGCGUUCAACGCUUCUAACUUCCCACCGUUGCCGACGCGUCCGCCGACGCCGGCUCCACCAAUUAGAGAGGAACGUAUCGUUCUUGCCGCUUGCUCGGAAGAUGAAAGCUUACCACAAAGUGUAGAGCUUCCCGCGGAUGUUUUCACGGCGUGUUUGACGACACCAAUUAAAAUCGCGUUGCAAUGGUUCGUGAGUCGGUCUGUUUUGAAAGGCGAAAGCGGCGUGAGCGAAGAUAUCAUCGAUAAAAUUCCAGGCUUACAAAAUAAUAGGAAAACACCACUGGGUGAACUCAACUGGAUUUUUACAGCGAUUACGGAUACAAUUGCGUGGAACGUGUUGCCUCGUCCGCUCUUUCAGCAACUCUUUCGACAGGAUUUAUUGCUGGCAAGUUUGUUCCGCAACUUCUUAUUGGCGGAGCGAAUAAUGCGCGCGAACGAUUGUACUCCAGUUUCCAUUCCUGAGUUGCCACCAACGCACCAGCAUCCGAUGUGGCUUGCCUGGGAUAUGGCGGUUGAGAAUUGUUUGCUCCAAAUUCCCGAUUUGAUUGAGGCGGAGAAGAGAAUGGCAGCUUCGCAAAGCGCCUCCGCCGGGACGAACGGCGCGCAACAACAAGAUCCCUCCCAGCAAGCCUUUCCAAACUUUACGCCCAGUUCGUUCUUUUCGGAGCAGCUCACAGCCUUCGAAGUGUGGCUUGAACGCGGUGAUAAUUCCAAAGAUCCACCUGAACAACUUCCGAUUGUUUUGCAAGUUUUGCUUUCGCAAUCUCACCGUCUUCGGGCGCUCGUUUUGUUAGGUCGAUUUCUCGACAUGGGUCCCUGGGCGGUCGAUCUUGCGUUAUCCGUCGGUAUUUUUCCGUACGUCUUGAAGCUUCUGCAAACGACUGCGCCUGAUUUGCGACAGAUUUUGGUAUUCAUUUGGACCAAGAUUCUUGCGUUUGAUCGCAGUUGUCAAGUCGAUUUGGUCAAAGAUUCCGGACACACGUAUUUCAUUCGAUUUCUCGACGCGCCAAACAUUCCAGCCGAGGAAAGAGCAAUGGCGGCGUUCGUCUUAGCAUCCGUUUGCGACAAUCACCCGAAAGGCCAGAGCGCGUGCUUAAAAGGUAGUCUUGUCGAUGUUGUGCUCGCGCAUAUCUCGAGAGCGUGCGAUCCUCGAGGUACGAGAGAGGCGACGAGUCCGUUACUCGCAAAAUGGUUGUGUUUGUGUCUUGCAAAAUUGUGUGAAGAUAACGUCGAGGCAAGGCGAAUUGCGUUUAGAGCUGGCGCUGUAAAAGUACUAUCGAAUGCAUUUUCGCAUCAGAGUCCGGACGCGCGAUCGGCGGCUGCGUACGCGCUCGGUGUGAUGAUUGAUGUCCCGGAAGAAAGAGAAGCAAAGGAAAAGAGACGAAAAGAAAUGGAAGAUUUGAAAAUGGCAUCCAUGGGGUUUCCACAAACGCAACAUCAGCAAGGCGGUAGCAACGAUAGCAUGUUGCGGCCGUCUUCGAGGGGUUCUAGAGUGCAAUCGAGAUCGUUAUCGAGAGUCGAGAAGAUUGAAUCAGAAGCCGAGUUGCUCGGAAGAAAGCUAAGCGGCAUCGCGGGCGAGGGCUCCGACGAAGGUAAGCAACAUCACGGGCACUCGGGAUCUACCGGGGUAGGCAUUGGCAGUGUCGAACAACAAAACGGUGAAAGCGUGUACGAUGGCACAGGAGUAAUCUCGGCGAAUGACGUGGAUGAAGAACAACAGAGACGACACGAAGAACACGAACGCGAACUUGGGUUGCGCCGACAACAACACAGCGACGAGCGCGAGGCUAUCGGAGCGAUACUUUCGAAACUUUCUUCGGAUUCGUGCACGAGUACUAGGUGUGAAAUGGCUAUUGCGAUUGGACGAUUUGCGAGAGGACAUUCAGAGACUUUCCAAGCAACUGCGCAAAAAUGGAGGAAACGCCGCGAAUCGAAGCAACAGGAGAGACGAUUAUUGAGAGGCGGUUCGGUUGGAAACAGCGGUGGUAAUAUCGUCGGCCUCGACAAUGAAUUAAUGAGCGUUUCAGCGCGACCGAUGGGAAACUCUGCAGCAGCAGGUUUGCAAAAACCGUCUGCACGUCAUCAGAGGCGAUAUUCUGCGGUUGAUGAUCACAGAGAUCUCAAAGCGGCAACACCUAUCGAAAUGCAGCGAACAAAAGGUGCGGCACAGGAAAGACAUCGAAGUUUAAGUAAUUUAGGAGGUUUUGCGGAGAGAUACUCGUUUUCGUCAGGUGGCGGAUCGCACGAUGGGGUUACACACUUUCCACACAUGCGACGAGUUGCGGAAAGUGAUUCAGACGAUCCGGAUGAUUCAUCUUCUACAUCGAACUCUGACGUUGAAGAAUCGGAAGACGACGACGACGUAUUUGAAUCGAACGUCGUUCUGCGGGACAAAGAAGAUAAUAAUAAUGCACAAGGAAGCGAUAAUGAUGACGACGAUGAUGAUGAUGAUAACGAUGAGGAGGAGGACGAGCUCGACGGAAACCAUCCGGAUUCUCAGAAGGGGAGCAGCGGCGAUACUCUCACGGACGAGCAGCCUAUGCACCCACGAAAACGUUUUCCACACCGAAGCAAUUCGUCAUCGUUUUUGACGAAAAAUCUGUACGACCAACGAGACGAGGAGAUAACCAGUCACGCGGUUUUGGUUGCAUUGGCUGAUUUAGCCGUCGAUCCUUCACCACGAGUCGCGAGUUGCGGGCAAUCCGCGCUCUUGUGCUCAAAAUUGCAUUCGAAACACCCGAUCUCUUUAGCGGCGACUCGAGCGGAGACGUUUGGUGCAAAACCUGGGAGGCAAGCGAGAAUUCAACGCGAGCGAAUGCGAAAACGCGAAGAUUUACAGAGGAAGACGCAUGAACUCCUUUUUGGUAGCAAAUUUGGCCCGAACAGCGGUGGAAUUAGUAAAGAUAGCAAGGGUCGCAUUGUAGAAGCCUCUAAAAGUCUGAAGCGCGCAGAUUCUUGGUCAAGUCGUUUGUUUGAAAGGGGUCGAAAAUUGCUCGGUUCAUCGCCGCAAGGUUCGCACGGCUCUCUCGAUAUUCAUAACAUCGAUAAUAAAAGCGACGAUGGCAGUGGGAACAAAGUCUCCUCGAGGUCCCCCGAGUACAACAUGUUGCAGCGAACGACAUCAGAGCGAGCCGCCGGCGACCCGCGAAGCCUUGGACGACUCUCCAUCACGUCUCGAAGCUCUAUUUCAAUCAAUACGACGGUUCAAGCGUUUUCUGGCGGCGAUAGACCUGAAAAUUCGCCGCCGGCGCCGAGUGUUUUGGCUCGAUCAUCGGUGAUGUUGCAAUCACCGCCGCAAUCGCCCCUCAGGCGCGUCGCCAGUUCUCUGUUCAACUCUUUCAAAUCCUCUGGAUCGAAUCCAGACAUCGCUCGGGGAGACUCCGAAACACUUGCGAGAAGUGUGAGCGGCAGAGUUGCUCGUAUGUCUUUGAACGACGAAGAGAUGCAUAUCAGCAGUUCUCCCAGAUCGAGAAGAUCUUUGUCAAUGAUCGGAGGUCACAGCGAUAGCAGCGACAAGCUCAUGCUCGCGAGACAAGACUCGAACGAUUCAGCAAACGAGAACAAGCAAAACAACCCGAAGGCUCCGACUUCAAGUAAUGACGAUUUAUUCAACUUAGCCGAAGACGAAGCGUCGCUCCAGGGACGACCGGCGAAACCUCCACUUUCUAGACUGUUCGAGGCUUCGCGAGAGCAUUUUUCGAAAUCGCUGUUGGAACCAGAGGAAGAUAAUACGACAGAUUUCGACGACGACGAUCGAGAUUCGGAGGAUAGCGACAGCGACCAAGGAACUUUUAGCGAUGCCGAUCGAGAUUCGUACGACGAUGAUUACAGCGAUGGAGGGUCAUCAGUUGAGGAGGAGUACAUGUACGCGUACGGAAGCUCUUUUGCGCAGGCGAGACGAGACGCGAACGCCACUUUCAACGCUUUCAAUGGCAACAACAACAAUGCCGGAGCAAAGAACAACGAGGAAUUUUUCGACGGCGAUUACGUGGACACAUCGAGCGAAAAAUACUAUAACAUUGAUAAUUACUUCUAUGAAGGUGCGACGCUCUCGCAACGUCAACAACGUCAAGAAAUUAUUCUCGAACCGUUUCGUCGCCGCAAGCGUCGACAAACUGCAUCGGACAGAAGUUAUCGAGGUAAAGAACGCGCCACGCAAAAUUUGGUUGAUUUUACGAACGUCAUAGCGUCCCAUGAAAAUGUUCAGAACUCAAGACACAACGCGCCAACUGCUGUUGUGAUGCAUCCUUUGUUACCUCACAUUGCAUCUUCGGGCGGAAAAGGAUUGAUACGUGUCUUUGAUUACGCUUCGAAAACGAUUACGAAUGCCUUUGAUGCUCAACUCCCGACGAGAUCGGCGACCCAAAUAUCACUCGUAAAUCAGCUCGAUGAUGCCAUGUUGCUUUGCGCCGGCUCGGAUGGAAGCGUCAAGUUAUGGCGAGACUACUUUCGAAGAGGUGAAGAGACUCUGGUUGCCGCUUGGCGAACGCUAAAGUCUCGCCCGAGAGCGUACAAAACUCACGGAACGUACAAUGCGGAAGAUACGGCCGAUUGGCGACAUCACCAUUCGAGUCACCAUCCAAAGAAUUCGAAAACGAAUGCCGUUGUUCUUUGGCAGCAAGCUGCGGGAUGUCUUUAUUCAGCCGGAAAUACGCUCCCAAACCCUAUUUUGAACGUUUGGGACGCGUCGCGUGAGUUAUGUCUGGAGUCUCUGGUUACGCCAUCGGCGGCGACUUCGUUAGCCGCCGAAGGCGCACUUUUAAUGGUUGGUGCAAACGAUGGGAGCGUAUUAUCUUACGAUUUACGAACUCCUGCUCGCUUGUUGAGCGCUAUUAAAACGCACGGAGACUCUGUAGUUUCUAUUUUGCUCCAACCUGGAAGCGUUGGGAAUCUAGUCGCCACCGGGUCCUCCAGCGGUGACGUGCACUUUUGUGAUUUGCGCAACGCUGCGAAGCCGUUCUUCAUGGUGAACGUAUCUGGAAAACCAGUCGCGAGACAGGAUUAUGACGAAGGGACGACGUUGGAUGGGAACGCGAUUGAUUCUGUUGUUGGGGGAGUCAGCGGUGCAGCAAAGACGAAUCAGCCGUCGCCUUUGGGUGGAGGAGGUGGUCGACACAGCUCUCAAUUGCCGGCAAAGAAGAGAUUGCUCACUACGCUCAUCUCCACGCCAGUGGCUCCAUGCAUCGUAGGCGGUACCACAAAAGACGCCAUUAAAAUUUGGGAUGUCGAAGGGAACGAAAUUGGUGAAGUUUUGUACACGAAUAAGACCACGAAAGCGCGCCUCGGUGCCAUCUCUGCCAUGGCGUUUCAUCCAAACCAAAUGUGCUAUACGGCCGGUGACAUUCGGGGCGCGACGACUGUCUUUGGUAUGUCGGAAGAUGUGCUCUAA